GGUGCGGUGGACAGGUGGUAGACUUUGAGGUUAUGUUUUGCACGUCGAACAAUAUUAUAAAUCAACCACGACGUAUAUCGUGUCUGAUUGUUAGUCAUUUAUGAUCACAGACGAGUCGGAUUGUCGAAAAGUUCAUUUGUGUUUAGAUUCGGGCAUUGUGGGGUUUUUUUUGUGGAAAUAUGCAACAAACAGGGAACGAAGUCGGUGAAAAGAGGAGAGCUUGGACGGAGGAGGAGCGUUUGGAGCUUGCCGCGAAAUUGGACGCCGAACUGGACGAGUAUAUAAAUGGCCUGGAGAAGAAGAGUUACGCGGAAGGAUGGCCGGAGGACAGGUGGCAAGAAGAGAUGGAGAAGCAUCCCUUCUUCAUGAAGAAGGUGCCGGAACCCGGCGACGAACUGUCCCCCCUGAUGGAAGGGCUGCAACAGCUCAAGUACGGAGAGGAUGAGAAUACUCCCGAAGAAUUGGCAAGUAAUUACAAGGAGGAUGGAAACUUCAAUUAUAAGUAUAAAAAGUAUCGCCUAGCUAUUCUUAGUUACACAGAAGGGAUAAGAACGAAUUGCAAAGAUGACGAUUUGAUGGCUCAACUUUAUAAUAACAGAGCUGCAUCACAUUUCAUGUUGCAAAAUUACAGAUCAUGCUUGAAUGACUGUAAAUUGGCCUUGAAGUUUAAACCGCGAUAUCCGAAGGCUUUGAGUCGAGCUGCCACUUGUAGUUUUCACAUUAGAGAUUAUGACCAAUGCAUCGACUUGUGUGACCAGUUCCUUGAUCAUAGUCCAACCGAUAAAACGAUAUUGAAAUUAAAAUCUGAUGCUGUAAUCGCAAGAGGGCGUUUACAACGAGACAAGAGAAAGCAGGAAAGAGAAGAGAAAAAAUUGGACAAGGAGGAUGAGAAAUUGUUAGAAACAAUUUCUCGGAAAGGUAUUAGUUUAGAAUUGACAAAUGAUAAGCAAAAGCUAGAAUUGAGAGAUCUAGAGCCUCAAGUACCACAAAUAGCGCAAAGCAGAGUGCACUUUGACGAUAAGGACAAGCUCGUGUGGCCAGUGAUGAUUUUAUAUCCAGAGACUCAACAAACUGAUUUCAUACAAAAUUUUCACGAAGAUACAUUAUUAAUCGAACAAUUAAUCGAACUGUUCGAGGAACCUCCCGAGUGGGAUAUAAAACAUCGUUAUACUGUAGAAAAUAUAAAUGUAUAUUUUGAAGGAAAGAACAAAUGUUCCGUUCACAAAGUAGACAUCCAACUCACGUUGGGCGACAUAUUGCGAGAUAAACAGUUUAUAGUUCGCGGUGGUACACCAGCUUUCCUGAUACUCGUAAAAUCCAGUGAAGCUGAGAAACAUUUCUUAUCAUUAUUUAUUAAAAUUUGUUUCCUCGAUAAUAGAUCGCUUCAGCAAAAGGAGAAAGAGUGCGCUUUCUUCUUUUUAUCUCCGCGAUUUGCUCUCGCGAUCGUUGCCCGGAACGCAGCAGGAUCGGUAAGCGGCUGGCAGGGGGUCGUCGAUCGGAAGGUGGUGCCACCUGCAGCACCUGUCCGCGCCAGCAACGGCGCACCGAGCGUGUACACCAGCACCGGUUGUUGCACGAACAUCAACGGUGGCGGCUUCAACGUGCAGCAGCCGCAGCCUCACGAGGACUAUCGGCCGAUCUACUUUUACGUGGCGCAGCCCUACACGAUCCCGUACACCUUCGCCAAGAGGCCGAAACCCGCCGCGUCGUCGCUGCUAAGGGCGGCGAAGCCGCGCGGCAACAAUUGCCGCGUCAAGUUCUCCAAGCGGCUCGGAAACGCCGACUUCUCGCAGAAGGUCAAGCAGGGCGAGUUCUCGCGGAGUCUGAACCAGGUGCACUUCGCGGAGGGUCAGGGUCAAGUGCUCGCGAGCUAUCCGAAAACUGGACCGUCUCGUGAUCCGAGGAUGACGUCGAUGUUUCGAAGAGGCACGAUCUUCGCGACCUUCUUCCUGUCCCUGCUGGGUGGUGGGCUCGUCUGCGCCGCCCUCGUGACGCAGCACUGGGUGGAGGCACGACCGUGGAGAACGCCGAAUCCUCAGGAUAGCGCCGGCAGAGUUCAUUUCGGCCUGUUGCAGGGUAAAAAGGAAUUAAACGUCGCUUACGGAUGGAGGACGUAUCACGUGUCCGUUCCUCAAAUGAUCCGGCAGGAUCCGUCGGUGAUGUCUUGGGCCCUUUGGAUCGCUACCUUAACAACAACCUCGGCUGCUCUGGUAGCGGCUGCGCUCGCUGCUCUUUUGGCAGUUUUAAAUACAGCUACUUCACCAAGAUCGAAGAUUCUUUCCAUCCCUGGUGUAUAUUUUAUAAAUAUGUUAACGCUGUUAAUGUGCUUAGCAAGCAGUUGUACUUGGUUAGCGCAAUAUUAUACAAGACUGUAUGUCAAUGUGCUUCCAAAGGAGGACAUCGAUAAUAUGUGGACCAGCGAGGGUUCUGCUGAGCUUGGUUAUUCAUUUUGGCUUGUGGUUAGCGCCGGUGUUGUACAUCUCAUUAGUAUAGCAUUAGUCGGCUGGGGCUCAGGCAGAGAAAAGGAUGAUCGUCUGGAACCAAUACCUGCACUUGAAGAGAAAACAGCCGCAGCGAUAAUGUUAUACUAAACAUUAUAAUAGUGUUAAAAUCGAUGCAAGACUACGAUUGAAUUACGCUAACGUGCGUAAUAUCAAAUUGAUAGUGUCUAUAUCAAGAUUGAACGAAAAUUAUAGCUGAUUGUGAGAUUAAAUA